AAAUGUUUAGUGGAAUUCAUUGAGUACGAAAAAAAGGACUAUGAGGAUUAUAUCAAUUUGUCUUCAGCUUACAACCUCAAAUGCUAUGGAAUAUUGGGUUUGAUCACUAUCAAUAACUUCUCCUUUUUGAUAAUUAUAACUGACUUUUUGGAUGCUGGCAGUAUCAAUCCAAAGGAAAAGUUCUAUAAGAUAUCCCAAGUUGAAUUUAUCUGUCUUAAUUCUAAACAAUUUGAUCUGGAACCUUUAAAUAGCAACGAAAAUAAUGAUGAUGAACUAAAACUUCCCUUUUCAAGUUUAAAAAAAAUGCUAUCCAAGGGGUCAUUUUACUACUCUAAUAAUUUUGACAUUACAAAGACUUUACAGGCAAGAAGGGAUAAAAGUUUAAGCGAUACAAAUUUGAAUCCCAUACAGGAUUUUUUGUGGAAUAAAUAUCUAAUCAACCAGCUCGUCAAUUUUCGGAACAAUUUAACUGACCUUCAAAAACAGAAAUUUGAUAGCUGCAAGUUUUUGAAUUUAAUGAUCAGAGGCUUUGCUCAGACUUUAAAUACCAUUGUUAAAUUUGACAAUUCUUAUGUGCCCAAAAAUUUCGUCAGUUUGAUUAAAGGUAAUACCUAUCAAGACUUUCUUGUUUCUAUAAUCUCAAAAAUCGGAUGUAAUAAAAAAACUAAUAUACUAGGACCUUAUGGGUUGGAUGAUGGAGGAAAUAUUUCAAACUAUAUUGAAACCGAAUUUAUCUUAUACAAUGAGUUUUUCUCAAUAAGUAAUAUCACUAUUAGAUCAAAUUUGCCCAUAUUCUAUGAAAUCAGCUCUAAUUCAUCUAUAAAGAAAAUCGACAUUAAUAGAUCCUUUGAAGCAAACCAACACUCGUUUGAUAAUCAUAUAAAGCAAUCUAUUAAGGAUUUCAAUGAAACCUAUGUCAUCAACUUGCUAUCUUCUUCAACAAAAUCCGUCGAAACCGAUUUACUAAAACUUUUAUUAAAUCAUUUCAACUGCUUUAUGAAAAAUAAUCCCUUGCUUCAGGAAAGCCUAAGCCUUAGCAACAUCAAUUACAAAUUAUAUCAAUUAAUUAAAAGUGAUAAAGUCAAGUCAGAAAUUCUAUUUACGCUUGAAAAUCCAAUGCUUAAUUUUGGUUGUUUUAUACUUCCAAAUAAUGACGAAGUUUUUUCUAAACUUUCCAAUUCUUUUCUUAAUAUCAACGAAUUUAACCGCCAACAGACUGGUGUUUUCCGGCUUAUUACAUUUCAAUCUUUUGAAAAAGUUGACGAGCUUUACAAAAUCAUAAUCAAACACUUGAUAAGAUUGACGCUCAAACUCAUAUAUUGCAGUUCUGUCAUGAAUUCGAGAGGAAAAUCAUAUUAUCAGGAUUAUUUAUCGCAAAAUAACAAUGAUCUCUGGAAAAAAAUUUUAGUAUUACUUCACGAAAAUUCUGUCCAAUUGCAAAGAAUUUUGGAUAAAUUUAAUAUUGACUUAAAGUCAAUUGAAAAAACUGCUUCGGCAGAUGAAGGUGAAAAUAAUAAGGAAAGUCUAAAAAACAGCAGAGUUUUCAGUUCUAGUUUGGAAGAUCAAAAAAAAGAUGCUUUGGUUAUAAACAAAGUAAUAUUGUUUGAUCCAAUAUCGGAUUAUGUGAAUAAGGUGCUAAUGAAACUAGCCAAAAAGUACUCAUACAGAAAAAACAUAACAAUAUUUUCAGGAACGUUUAAUGUGAAUGCAGAUAUGUAUAAUGGCAGUUUGUCAACCUGGUUAUUCCCCAAAGAAAACCGUGAUGAGUCUGGUGAAAUUUGUGAAUAUGAUUUAUUACCGGAUGUGUUUUUAAUUGGAUUAGAAGAGGUUGUUGAAUUGACACCGGGUCAAAUGAUCAAUAUAGAUUUUACUAACAAAAAAUUUUGGGAAAAGAAAAUUGGCAAAGAGUUAAAUUCUCAAAAAUAUGUAUUGCUUUGGUCUGGGCAGUUAGGCGGUGUUCUUUUGUUAAUGUUUGUUAAAAAUUAUCAAGUAAAGUAUAUUAAAAAUAUUGAGAGUAGUAUAAAGAAAACAGGAAAUUUUGGGUUAGCAAAUAAAGGGGGAAUCGCAUUAAGUUUUAAAUACUCGGAUACUAAAUUUUGUUUUAUAACAUCACAUUUGGCUGCUGGAUUGAAUAACACAGAGGAAAGACAUAAUAACUAUAAAGCAUUGGCUAAAUCGCUAAAAUUUAAUGGAAACAAAAGGAUUCGGGAUCAUGAUAUAAUAAUUUGGUUGGGUGAUUUUAACUACAGAAUAUUAUUAUCGAAUGAUGAGGUUAGAAAUAAAAUCAAGAAAAAGGAAUUUAUGAGUUUAUUUGAAUAUGAUCAGUUGAAUCAACAAAUGAUUACCGGGGAAAGUUUUCCAUAUUUUCAAGAAUUUGAAAUCAAAUUUCCUCCAACUUAUAAAUUCAAUAAGAAUGAAUCAACCUAUGAUCUAUCAGAGAAAAUGAGAAUACCUGCAUGGACGGAUAGAAUUUUGAAUAGAUCAUCGAAUCGGAAUAAUUUAAAACAGCUAACAUAUGGCUGCUCUCAGGAUAUUAAAUUUUCGGAUCAUAGACCAGUCUAUGCUUUAUUCAAAUCCAGAGUUUGCGUGGUAAAUGAGGCGAUUAAGAAUGAGAUAACGAGCAAAUUAUAUGAAAAUGAUAUUAUUGUCCAUAAUGCUGAUGAUUCACUCAUAAACGAUUUAGAACCGUCAAAUAAUUUAUCAUUGCCUCCUCCAAGUUCAGAAAGUAGAAAAUGGUGGAUAGAUGGUGGCCAAUUGGUUAAAGUGGAUUUGUUUAAGGACAAAAAUGUAGAUAUAAGUAACUUGAUAAUUAAUCCCAAAAGGCCGAUUAAUCCAUUUGAGAUUAAUGAAGAGCUUGAUUUUAUU